AUGGUCACCCUCCUCCCCUCCCUCUGGCCAUGCCCAGAUCUCAAGAAAGUCUCUCUCCACGCCCCCGAGAGCCUGUCUUCGUGGUUCAACAUGCCGUUCUCUACCUACCUCGUCCAGGCCUCCGUCGCGGCCCUGCUCGUCGUCCUCGGCGUCCACAUGCAGACCACCGCCGCCCAGGUAACGCCGCCGACCUGCACAAACGUCGACCAGCCGAACCCCCUCUGGGCCCAGCACCCGAACAACGCUACCGGCGUGCUCAACGUCACCAUGGCCAUCUUCCCGAUCCCCAUGGCCGCCGCGCGCCAGAUGGUCCCCUUCGCCAUCUUGGAAAACAACCUCCGCGCCGUGAUGCCAGACUUCCCCGCCGGCAUGUACCCUGUCGUCGUCCAGGCCGGACACGACCACGACAUCCGCUUCCAGGACUUUGGCAUUCCUGACUUCAGUAAAGCUGGAUACGAGUUCCCCUUCCUGGACCUCCUCGGCGACGGCACGUCCAACUUCCGCUGGGCCCCGGAGCAGCUCAUCUCGGAAACCAACCCCGCCGCCGUCACCGGCUCCCAGGCCUACGGCACCACCGUCCACGCCGCGACCUUCGCCCCGGACUGCAACGCCUACAGCGCCCUCUCGACUUGCACCGGCAGCACCUACUUCAACGGCUCCUCCGCCGUCGGGGACAAGCGCAUCUCCCUCACCAUGCGCCGCGCCGCCGACCAGAUCCCGUACACGCUGUCCAUGUUCGACAGCAUCAUCAACCAGCCCAUCUUCGCCAACGGCACCGCCUGCGAUCAACAGAUCCGACUCUUCAACACCUCCCUGUCCCAGGGCGCCUUCGCGCCCGUCCCCGUGCGCGGCUCCGUCCGCUCCAGCCUGGGGCCCUUCCCCGCCGACGCGGCGUUUGGGGAUGUGGCCGGCUUCCAGGUCGCGACGCCGUUCAUCGAGAACAACUACCUCCCGUGCGAUAUGUUUAGAGGAUACAACCCGGUUAAGACCACUUGA